GAUAUGUGUGUCCGUAUUUAAGUGUUUACGUGAAAGGUGCAGUUUGGUGCAUUUUGGCAUGUAUGUUCCCAUGAAACUACCCCCAGUCAAGAUACGGAGAACGUCCAUCACCGAAAAUUCACCGCAAAGGUUCUUUCUCUGUUCUCAGAAUCCAUCUCUCACACCCCUUGCCCCAGGCAGCCACUGCUCUCUGCGGCCCAUAGGUUGAUUUGCAUUUUCUAGAAUGUUUUGUAAGUGGAAUCAUAUCCUCUUUUUGUACAUCUUGAGUUUACACAGCAUGAUCAUUUGGAGAUUUACCCACGUGUGAAGUACUAGUUCAUUUCUGUUGCCGAGUGGUGUUCUGUGGUGUGGAUGGACACAGCUUGUUACCUACUCACCUGUUGGCAUACAUUCACCAAAUUGCUGUUUGUUUGUUUUAACAUUCUAUUUAUUUGAGAGAGAGCGUGUGUGCGCACCAGAGCACGAACAAGGGAAGGGGCAGAGGGGGGAGGAAGAAGCAGCCUCCCUGCUGAGCAGGGGUCUCAGUCCCACGACCCUGAGAUCAGGGCCUGAGCCGAAGAGAGAAGCUUAACUCACUAAGCCACCCAGGUGCCCCCAAACUGCACUGUUUUAAUUGUGUUUCCCAGCAGUUGAAGGAGAAGGGGGCACGCAGUCGGGCAGUGCGGUGGGUCAGACUUACUCCGUGCGCGGGCCUCAGGUGUGGGCAGUAGUUGGGGCCUGGUGGCGCGGCUGGGGGCUCUGACCACUCGGUGCUGCUGGUGCCAGUGGGUGGCCGCCCAGUGUCUCAGAUCUUUCUCUGCCAGGACGAGGAGGGAAUGCGCUUUCCAGGCCUGUGGGUUCAUUGGUGCUCGGUCCUCCUCCACCCCCUUUCUGGCUUCCAUGGCUGUUUUGCGGGGUGGCCAGAGGGCCCCUUGCCCAGUAUUAGGAUUGUCACUUCCCGGGAGGGCCUCUGCAGCCAGCCUGCCUCCCCCUCAGGGGCCUUUCUGAGAUUUGUGUGGGUUUGCCUCUUAAAUGAAGAAAAAUUUUUUAAAAGAGAAACUUACAGGGGCGCCUGGGUGGCUCACUUGGUUAAGCGUCUGCCUUUGGCUCGGGUCAUGAUCCUGGGGUCCUGGGAUCGAGCCCCGUGGGGAGUCUGCUUCUCCCUCUGCUCCCCCUCCAGUCAGUUGUUGGCUGGCAGAUGACACCGGCAUGUCCCCACAAGGUGUGCCGAGCAGGUACCCUGCCGUUGGGGCUGCAUGGAUGGUGCCAGGCUGGAGGGUUCUUACUCCAUCUGCUCUCAGCGCCCCGGAGCCUUGGACCCAGAUGAUAAAUUCCUUUCCAUUCCCUGAGUUCUGCAGAAAGAAGCACGUUUAUUUCUCAGGGUUGCCUUUCGCUGUUUGUUUUCGGCUUUCCUUGAUCUGCAACAGGUGAUUUCACCUGGAUGGGAAGAGUGUUGGACAGGGCGCUUUGCCCCGCCCCCCCGGGCCCCCAGGCAGUGCAUGAAAGCAGGCCCUGUUACCUCAGGGAUUUGCUGUCACCUGCUUGUUAGCAGCUUCUGUUAUCUGGUGUUCUGAGAGCUGGUCUCUUGCUGUGCAUCAGACGGAGGAGUCCAGAGUUCUGUCCUGUCUUUUGUAAGUAGCAGCAUGCUGGCAAGAUCGUCACUUAGGAUAAGUGCCUAUACGUCCAUGGAAAUGGCAGCAUGAGGCGGUGUGCCUCCGAAUACUUGUCUUUCCAGAACAGUCCGUGGCAGUGCUGGCCCCAGGUCAUGUGCAGGGCGGCUCCUGGCAGGACCAGACUGGGAUGAGCAGGGUUGGUGUGGGAGUAGGCUGUGUGUGUGCGCGUGCGAAGGAGAGAGAGAGGGCUCUCAAAAGCGCUGUUGCAGAAACCACAGGCUGUGCAGAUGACCUGCAGGCUGGCGGUGGUUUUCUUUCUUGGGGCGCAGGUUCUUCUCUCCAGCCCCACCCCCCUACCCAGCAGAUGGGGUCUUCUGUUGGGGCGUGUCUGGGCCAGCUGGGUUCCCGUGUGUGACUGUGAUGGGGUUGUGUUCUUCUGGGGAGUUGUCUGGUUGUGGAACCUUUUUGAAGAAAAUACCUUUUCUGUGGUUAAUUGAACAGCCAAGCGCUCGCAUUCCCAGCUGACCCGUCGGUCGGGUGAGCUGCAGACAGGCUCCCAGGUGCGUGUGUUUGGUGUGUGCCUGUCUCGGUAGCACCUCCAUGCUGCUGCUUCAGUAUCUUUAACUGGUCGUGUCUUAACCGGGAGCCACGGACUUGACUGGUUGUAUUUCUUUUCUGAUGAUCAUGGAGUUAAAUUCCAGCCAGUGAAUGGAGCAUCCGGCACCACCUGUGCUUAGCUCCGUGUGUGCUUUGGGAAGCCGCUUCCUGCUGUUGACUUUCUCUCCGACCCACCUGUGCUUCGCUGAACUUGGUCUGUUGCAGACGGACCAUCCUCCCGUUGUUUGUGUUGAGUUAGUUGCUGGGCUCUGGCCGCUCUGUGUUUCUGUCUCUGCAGUUCAGGAAACUGAGAAAAGUGCUCAAAGUGGGAAAGUGAGUCAGGCCAGAGGGGUGGAGGGGCCCUUAGGGGCCGGGGUAAGAGGAGAGCACAGGGAGGGGGUGGGGACCGCAGUGACAUCACAGUGGGUGCUGCGUGUGUAUGUGUGUGUGUGUGUCCCCCACCUGUGAGUCUCCGUCCUGGAGCUCCCGCUGUCCCAACCCCUGAGCGCAGCCUUGACCCUUGGUUCUCUGAUGGACCCCAGUGUGCCGCUCUGUCCCCCACGCAGCUCCUACCACCGGGGCAGGCCUGCGCUUCAAGGUGGAAGUCAGCCAGCCUUUCUCUGGGUCCUGCUGAAACCCUUGAGCUGCUCCAGGCCUGUUUAGGCGCAGACGACAUCCCCUGCGGGCGCUGCUCUCCAGUGUGGGGCACAGGUCUGCUUGUCCCCUGAGGUCCGAGCUGCUGACAGCAGGGACUCCGUGUGUACCAGGGGGACGUGGGCCAUGGAGCACCCCAGCGUGGAGUCUGGACAGACUCCGAGGGGGGCAGGGUGCUGUGACCGCUGGGUGAGGUGGUGGGCCUCAGGAAACAACACACAGCUCCACUCCAUCUUUGGUAGGAGGCCUGUGCGCCUGCGUGCCCGUGUACGGGAUUGUUUGCUUUAUGAAGCUUUCACGUUGACGCAAACGUUUUAUCUUUAGCAUGUAAUCUCCAAACUAUAGCCAUUGGGCUGGGUGAACAUCAUCAACAGAUACAUGUCACAGAGCAAGCACACAGAGGCGCGGGAACUCAUGUGCUCAGGGGCACUGCUGUUCUUCAGCCACGGCCAACAAAAUAGUGCCGCGGACUUGUCCAUGCUGGUCUUAGAGUCGCUGGAGAAGGCAGAAGUCGAGGUGGCCGAUGAGCUGCUGGAAAAUCUGGCCAAACUGUUCAGUUUGAUGGACCCAAAUUCUCCAGAACGAGUGGCUUUUGUGUCUCGAGCCCUGAAGUGGUCCAGUGGAGGAUCUGGGAAACUGGGCCACCCCCGGCUCCACCAGCUGCUGGCCCUCACCCUCUGGAAAGAGCAGAACUACUGUGAGUCCCGGUACCACUUCCUGCACUCUGCGGACGGCGAAGGCUGUGCCCACAUGCUGGUGGAGUACUCGACCUCCAGGGGCUUCCGCAGCGAGGUGGACAUGUUCGUGGCCCAGGCUGUGCUACAGUUUCUCUGUUUAAAAAACAAAAACAGCGCGUCGGUGGUGUUCACGACAUACACACAGAAGCACCCGUCCAUCGAGGACGGCCCUCCGUUCGUACAGCCUCUGCUCAACUUCAUCUGGUUUCUGCUGUUGGCUGUAGACGGAGGCAAACUGACCGUAUUCACGGUGUUGUGUGAGCAGUACCAGCCGUCCCUGCGGCGGGACCCGAUGUACAACGAGUACCUCGACAGGAUAGGACAGCUCUUCUUCGGCGUGCCGCCCAAGCAGACUUCUUCCUACGGGGGCUUGCUAGGGAACCUUCUGAGCAGCCUCAUGGGCGCCUCGGAGCAGGAGGGCGAGGACAGUCAGGACGACAGCAGCCCCAUUGAGCUCGACUGACCCCGCCCGCCUGGCCUGCAUGAAGACGCCCUGAGCCCGGGCCCUCACACCCGGGGCUCCCGUUGUGAGGCGGUGGCGGCCGCCCGUGAGCCCGUGAGCUCGCCCGGGGCUGCGGCUGGGCCGGCUGGGCUGCACCUGCACCUUCAGACUGACCCACAAUAAAGCACAGGCCUUGCUGCGCUACCACCCUUUCCCUGUCCUUUGUGUCUGGUUUGCUUUGGGAGACGACCCGGCGGCGGCACAGGCCCACAGCCCGACCCGUCGAAGAUGGUGGGGGGGGGCGGCCGCCGGCGGCCCGGAGAGCAUCUGGGCGGCCGCUCUGGGCCACACCGUGAGGCCGCGGCCAUUUGGGAUCAGGAGUCCUUUCCACGUUUCGUAAUGCAGUAUUUAUUUUCAUUGGGUGAUUGGUUCCUUUGACCUGGCAUUGUAGGUUUUAACCAAAUAACCAGGAGUGAGCAGAUCUGCCCUUCCUCACGCUAUACCAGAUGUUCCCAGAGCAAUGACGAGAGGGAAACACUUUAUUUUUUCACAAUUAAAUAAGAGUUGUAGAUUAAUACACAGUGAUCAUGCAUGGGAAGGAGUUGAGAUACACACUUUUAUUGACUGUAAAAUGGAAUUUGAAGGAAGGUUUGUGUUACUUGUUGAGUUGAAAUAAAUCCUUUAUACUGGG